UAACCAGGGAUUUUACUCACGUUAAGAUGGCUACAAUGGCUAAUAAAUCCCUGAUGUCGUCAUUAUCGUCAAAGAAUCUAUCACUGUCGUCUUAAGUUUUCAGUAGCCAUAUGGCUAAAGAAUAUAACUUGAUAUUAUAAACAUUACUACGCAAAUAUGCCGUUUGGUCGCGCCGGCAGGGGUACUUCGCCCCCGGAUGCUGAUACUGAGAAUGUGUACUUUAGCGGCGCUGGCUCGGAAACAGCUAAGGCAGCACCUGUGGUUGCCGGACGCAGGAGUCUGAUAGAGACGCUUCGGGAUUCCUAUAAGGCUAGAGAUACACCUAAAGAGAGUCUCGAUUCCGUUAUUCAGUCGCUAGACUUGCAGCAUAUCGACACUGACCCUAAUAAUGCCGACCGUGGUACAUCUUUUGUACCACCUGGUUGGGGCGGAUUGACUCGAGGUAACGUCGUACGUCGUGGCAAUACGAUGCCAGGUACAUUUGACCGUGGACUUGGUGCCCGUGGUUUAUCCAUGCGUACUCUGAGUAACCGUCACUAUGUUCAAUCAGGCUAUUCUACACCGUCGGAUGUUGAAUCAUCGGUAACUAGCGAUGAGGACAUUAACCCUGGUAUACUAUGCAAUAAGAAUGCACUCGGCUCUAUUUUCCGCAACCGUGGCAAAACUGUCCAGCGUGCUAAGGAGCGGAUGCGCCGUCAAUCUAGACAUGACUUGCAUGAUGGCCGUGAUUAUUCUACAACUCCACAAAGCAAGGUUACCAAUUCGCCACAUUCUAAAUCGGGGCGCAAAAGAACGGAGUCAUCGGCGGAUCUACUUCUUUCAGAGGAGAGCAGUCCGGGCACUACUGUAAAAGAUGAUGGAGUUAGACAUAACAAAACUUCGCCUAAUGAUAAUAUCAGCGCCGAAUCUGCUGUAUCAUCUGGAUCGCCCAGGUUGAAUGUUGAUGCGAUAUUUUCCAAGAUAAAGCGUGCAGUGUCUCAUGACCUCUCCGAUGAGAUACGACCACCUCUGGUGCAUUCGUUUACUAACAAGAUAUUUGCCAUACGUACGCCAUGGCAAUUGCCAAUGAAGGAGAGUAGUUUACGCAACAAUGUUCAGCAACUGCUGAGUUUCUUCAGGUUACUUGAGCGUUAUGUUGAGGACCAGGUAUACAAAUUUGGUCCUGCGAUACACCCUCGCCUGGAUCGUGUCUAUAAUGACCUUUAUGCUAAAGUUGGUCAUAUGUUCAAGCGGCUUCCUAAUAGUCAGCUAUCCCAGUUAGACGAGCUUCGUCGGAUUGGCGUCGUUGGUAACGACGUGUACGAUUUGGGUGACCAUCGCCCAAGAGGUGCUCCCGUAUACUAUCAGAAGUUCGUUAUCUUUGAUUUAUCCUUGGAUAGUUCAUCUAUAUCCCAGGAGCAUGGUGACUUGUUCCAUCGUCAGGUUCUCCACUUUCCUAUGAACUUUCGCGGUUUGCCUUCUAUGCAAUACCUUUGUGCAGUUUCUUCGGCAGUUCUCUUUUGGUUAGACUUUUACAAUCGUGACAAUGUAGUUAUUUUCAACUACAAUUCUUUGAAUUACAACAUCUUGCUGACUUUUGCGUGUUCGGUGGUUGCUUCGCAGCCACUUGCUACGGCUAAUGAGGUGGACCAGUUAAUUAUGGGUUCUUUUGACUGGCGGCGUAACUGCCGUGUUUUCGGUUCUAAAUCAAGUAGAGAUAGGCCUGAUCCAACAAAACCUAACGACAUGCCUCAGAUGAUACCCAUAGCUCGCUGGCCGCCUUCUUAUAAGCGUUACAUGAGUUAUUUCCUAAGCAUGUACGUUACUCCCAUAGACUUUGUGCUAGCCCAGCAAUUUAGGAUCAAGCGCAUUACUUUGGUAAAUUGCUUCUUACCUGGUACUGAGGUUAUGCUAGAGAUAUAUCAGGUUGGUCCUGAUAUUUCCCAGGUUGCGUCUACCAGGCGGUGGGCAAGCACCGAAAGGCGUGCUCAAUGCUCAAGAUACUCUGCUGCAUUCUUCCCCAAGUGCGUUUGUGGCGGUAAGGAUCGUGAUGGAGUCAUGCUGGUUGCGUGUUCUUCGGACUACCAGCUGUUAAACAGAUCCAUAAGUUCGAAGCCCGGCAGAAUGGGAUAUGUUGGUGAGGUUAUUUUUGACUUCAAACUGGAUGCCAGCGGCAACCGUCAGGACGUGGUGGUAUCCGGUGACGUUGCUGUGGUCAUGAUUGGUGUGUCUAUGAAGCAGCGCAAGGUAAUUGCCAGUUACAGCUUCAAUACUGGCUUUAUCAAUAGCGAAUCCCUGGAGAUACCAAAGGCUGAAUUUGACAUUUGGGACACUUCAUUGGCCAUACAGCCGCAGGGGCAGAUGACCAUUGCCAUGGAGAGUCGGCAGCGCCACAACACUGAUGCUUGGAAUACAGCAACCACGCCGAUUGUAAUAACACCGCCAAUGUCCGAUGUUGGCGUUUUCAUGCGUCACCACAUUGCUAAGGUCUACCCUAGCGACAUAGAUAAGCUAGUCAAGGCUACUGGUUUGUCCAGUGAUACUUGUGAGUUUGCUUUGAAGCUAUGCCCCCGUUACAUGGAUGCUAUGGCCAUCCUCAACGCUUUAUUUGUUCCCAAGAAUGCAAAGGUAGAGGACAUGGUCACAGCAGGCAGCGGUGCUGUUAUACAGCAGGGUGAUCUUUACGCUGUGGAUUCAGUCGAUACCCUGAAUGGCUACCCUGGAAGUCAACCUUCGAUAGGCACCCUCAGCAUCGGGACUGGCAAGCAAUCUGGUGAUACCAGUGAUAGGACUGACAUAGGGGCCACCUUUACUUCCUCGGGGGAUGUUCAUACUGGUCUUACAGUGGAGCAGGUUGAGCGGUUGUUAGUUGACCGUGAGGGUGCUAUGCAGCUGCUUCUAACAGAUGGUACUACGAUGCCAGUACCACACAACAGUAUCACCUCAUUGUUCCAGAUGUUUGGAAAUUACCAAGGACAUGUUUCUGGCAGCCUCUUGGUUGAUUCACCUGGUGAACGUAUCCACCAUGGUGCGGCGGUUGGUUCAGGACCCUUUCCAAUUGGUGGCGCUGCAAUACCCUCGCCUUAUAUGGGUCCUGGCUUCCAGCCAGGUACAGCUUCACCCACUGGAGUAUCUAUACCAGGUGAAGCAACAGGCACGGUCUCUAAGGACGGCGGUGUUACGCGUGAUAUACACAAGGACGCAUCGAAACCAAAGGAUCCGUCGACUGAAAGCGGUCCUGCUGCACCAUCCAAGCCCAAAGAGUCGGAUGCUGCAACAGCUGCUCCUAAAUCCGAUGAUACUAGUACUACCCCUGCUGAUAAGCCUCGUGAGCCUUCUUCGUCCUCCACUGUGACGAAGCCGUCACCGGAAGCACCUGUGCCAGUUGUCAAGAAGCCAGCUCCACCUCCUUCACCAUCAUCUAAGGCUGCGCCGCCUGCUACUAAGAAGGCUCCUCCUCUCAAGAUGAAGGCACCUCCACCACCAGCUGGCCUCAAGGGAAAGGGUGCAUUCACACGUAAACCGCUACCGCUGGGUAUCAAGCUCCACUGGAAGACUUUGAAUGAUAACACUGUCAAGGGGACGAUUUUCGAAAACUUGCCUCGUAACUCAGUGGAGGACCGUGUAUUUGACUUUGUGCUUGCAAAGAAGUUAUUCAGCAAGGCGGCAGUUAAGCGCCAGCAGGCUCUUAAGGCGCCUGAUGUAAAGCGUAAGCUAAUGCAAACUAUAUUAGACGCUAAGCGUGCCCAGAAUGUGGGCAUCAUAUUGCGUUUUCCUAAGGAGUCUGAUUUCGACGAGUUGAUUGAUGCUCUUGAUAAUUUGGCUCUUGACAACGAGUUGAUCAAUGUAGAAAACCUGUUCAAGAUACAGACUGCUCUGCCUCAAGGUACAGAGCUGGAGCUGUUCAACGCUGCUUUGGCAAGUGGUGCCAAUAUUGCUACUUACAGGGACAUUGAGCAAAAGAUAUUCAAAAUCAUCGCAAAGAAGGACAUGGAAAACAAGGUGCGUGUUGCAUUCUUUUCGAUUAACUAUAAAGCACUUCUUAAUAUGCUGGACAGCCAGCUGUCAGUGUUUGAGAGAGCGAAUGACCAGAUUUUCAAUAAUCCCUUGUUACCUACCAUGAUGGGUGGUAUAUUGCAGUAUGGCAACUUUGUUAAUCACGGCGACGACUGUACCGUAAAGACUGUAGGGUUCAGUCUAAGCUCUGCUACUAAGCUGAUCGAUAUCAAGUCUGCGGACAAUACCAUGAGUUCAAUGCACUACCUCAUGGUUAACCUCACUGUCAAGUUUCCGAAUUUGGAUUUCAUGUCAAUUGACAAAACGUUAUCACAUGUAUUGGAUGCUGAGAAGAUCAGUGCAACUGGUAUUGAUGAGAUUUUUGACGAAAUUCGUGACGGUCUCAACUCACUGUUGCGCAUGGUUGACAAACUCGAUACGGAAUCAACGCUAUACACAAAGACAAAGGAUGUAAUUGCUGCAAGCACAGAGCUUAUAGGCGCUGCAACGGAACGCAAGAUCAAGGUAUUCGAGAUGACACGGAACACCUGGCGCUACUUAGGCGAGGAGUGUAGACAGGGUAACUCUCUCGAGGAGAUUUUCCAGAUUCUGGCUGACUUCAUGCGCUGCAUUAAACGCACGAUGACUGAGAUACAGCAGAAGCCUUCGAAAUACAUUGUUGCGUUGAACGCUGACGAUGAGCGUGAGGCAUUCAACCAAAGAUUCUCCCGUACACGUCGCUAG